AUGGCAUAUGAUCCUGAGGUGAAUUUUAUCAUUGAGGAGGCCUUCAAGAACAACUUUUCCUCGAUACACAGAAUUCAGAACAAAGGCUUGAUGAUGCAGUACCAAGCAUGUAAGGCAGCGAUGGUGGAUCGUCUUGGUCGUUCUGACAUCGAAGAGUCGUUGUUCCAUGGUACUGAUGAGAAUACGUGCGAUAACAUCAACAACUUUGGGUUCAAUCGCAGCUUCUGUGGAAAGAAUGCCACCUACUUUGGCAAUGGAACCUAUUUUGCCGUGGAAGCCGAUUACUCUGCACAGCAAAAGUACGCACAGCCUGACGCACACGGUGUACAGUACAUGUACCUAGCAAAGGUUCUGGUCGGAGAUUACACUAAAGGCUCUCAGGGAAUGAAAACUCCUCCUAACAAACCAAAUUCCAACCAGCAGUAUGACAGUGCGGUGAACGAUGAAAGCAAGCCAGGCAUCUAUGUUAUUUUUCACGAUACAAAAUCCUAUCCAGAAUACCUCAUCAAAUUCCAGUAAGCCAGUCAUAAAUGUUUCAGACGGUAGAUGUUUUCAUUCUAUUGUAUGAUGAAAAACCUUCAGUCCAUUUGAAGAUAAAAAAUAAAAGGCACGUAAGGGCAGUCUGAAAUGAGUGAUAUUAUGAAGAUGAUAAUGAUCAGUACAAAUAGUGGUUCUAUGAUAUCCAUUUCUUUAAUGUAUGUUAUUGUUUACACACAUGAAGGCCAAAGCCAUGAAUUGAUUUAUGUCUAUAUAUCAAAUACCUCAAUUCAAUUCAAUAAUAGUUUAUUAUAAUAUGGUGACCGUUAGCGACGCAAGGCCGAAUUGUUUUUGGAUUUACAUUAAAAGACAAUAUAAGACGUCAUAAGACAAACUAUUAUAACUAAAAUGGUUUUUAAACAUCAUGCAUAAAAAACAGUUUAAAAAGUAUAUGUAUAUAUGCAUUUAAAUAUAUAAAAUGAAAAAAGAAAAACCUUUUAAAAGAGUAGUGAGAUGAGCAAUAAUGGAGCUAAGAUGAAAAUGAAAAGGAACGAACAUAACA